ACAGUUAGCCUAGCAAAAGACUACAUCUACCCUCCUUCACAAACAGUUGGCAAUAAAACGCAUAGCUCGGUGCAACUUAUCACAAGAAUAUAUAUAUCAAGUCAGGUCAUUUUUGGGUGUAAUCCGAUUUCGCAUCAGUCAGUUUGCCAGUUGGUUUUGCUUUGCGGAGAGAACGAAAGAGAGAGACGUUCCAUUGGUGGAGAGAUAGUGUGUGUAUGUGUGGGGGGGGGGGGGGGGUGAAGAAAUACGUUUGAAUCUUGGUAUAAAUUUACCCCUUAGGUGCAGAGUUCCUGCAGACGGAGUGAGAGAGCGAGAGAGGGUUGAGUUUUGCUACCAGCAUUGGUUGUAUCAUGGCUUAGGUGUGAUGUAAUCAAGAGAGAGAGAGAGAGAGCCAAGCGUUAAACGAUUACUUAUGUAUUCUGCUUUUCCCCACUCCUGAAUUUCCCCCGACCAACCCUCCGACCCCCAUUUAAAAUGUAGGAUUUAAUUAAGAAUCCUCUCCCAGGGAAUCGCUUUGAGUAGAGAGGGUAUGAGAGCGAUGCUAACGUGAAUUUUUUUUUUUUUUUUUGCAGGGAGAGCAGAGUCACAGACAGAGAGAGCAAGACAUUUUUUUUUUAACCUCUAUUCAUAUGAUUCCUGAUGGAAAGGAGCUGGGUUGAGCAGGGUUGCUAUGGUGACGGGAGUCUGGAGAAAGGAGGCUUGAGAAAGUGGAAAUAAGGGAGAGAGAGAGAGAGACGGGGGUGGGGGGGGGACGAGAGCGCGUGCAGGAAAGAGCGAAAGGCUUUUGUGUGUGUGUGUGAUUUUUCUCUUUAUUUGCGGAGGAAACUGGGAAGAUCAGAGAGUUAAAGGGGGUAGAGGGGGGGGUGAUGACUGAGAGAAUGGCAGCCUUAGUCGGACUCUAUGAUACCAGCUCUCUCCUGCAGUUCUGUACUGAGGAGAGCGUGUCACUGACCAGCAGCCCCGAUGGAGAUGUUGACGACCGAAUCUCUUAUCUGGAGCAGCGGCUGCACCUGCAGGAGGACGAGAUCCAGGUGCUGAGGGCCGCCCUGGCCGAUGUGGUCAGGCGUCUGACUGUCACCGAGGAGCAGUGUGCCGCCCUCGGCAAGAAAACUCCCACCAGAGCUUCGCACUGUGUGUCGUCCCUGCCAGGCCGCCUCGCCAUCUGUAAUGGACUCUCCGCAUCCACCCGGAGAAAUGCCGGACAUUCCCACCUGACCAGGAGAGAGACCUCAACCGGGAGAGGCAAACACAAGGAGGCGGUGUUCAGUGCAGAUGAUGGUUAUGUACGGAUGUUUCUGCGGGGACGACCGGUCACCAUGUUCUUGCCGCAGGAGGUGACUGACUCUUACCAGCUGCACAGCCCAGCUACCCUGCCACCCCACAAGCUGAAGAUGGACUGGGUCUAUGGGUACCGGGGGAGGGAUUGUCGCUCUAACCUGUACCUGUUGCCGACCGGAGAGAUCGUGUACUUUGUGGCCUCAGUGGUUGUUCUCUACAACAUGGAGGAGCAGCUCCAGAGACACUAUGUGGGGCACAGCGACGACGUCAAGUGUCUGGCAGUGCAUCCUGAUCGUGUCACCAUAGCAACGGGACAAGUAGCGGGAAACGGGAGAGACGGAAAGCCGCUGGCCCCUCACGCCCGGGUCUGGGACUCCGUCAGCCUCAACACUCUGCACAUCAUCGGGGGCUUCGACCGGGCGGUCACUUGCCUCAGCUUCUCCCAGAGCAAUGGAGGAGGGUAUCUUUGUGCUGUGGACGACUCCAAUGAACACAUGUUGUCUGUGUGGGAUUGGCCACGAGAGAGCCGGGUGUCGGAGGUCAAGUGCUCUAAUGAGCCUGUGUUGGCGGCGAGUUUCCACCCGACGGAGGCGAACCUGAUCGUCACCUGCGGGAAAUCCCACAUCCUGUUCUGGACCCUGGAGGGCAGUGUUCUGACCAAGAAACAGGGCAUCUUCGAGAAACAGGAGAAACCCAAGUACGUUCUGUCGGUGACUUUCUCACAGAAUGGAGACGUGAUCUCGGGAGAUUCCAGUGGAAACCUCAUUAUCUGGGGAAAAGGGACUAACAGGAUCCGCAGUGUGGUUGCGGGAGCUCACGAAGGGGGGAUUUUCAGUGUGUGUAUGCGGAACGAUGGGACCCUUUUGUCGGGCGGAGGGAAAGAUCGGAAACUCAUCCUGUGGGAUCAACAAUACCGUAAACUGCAGGAGAGCGAGGUGCCGGAGGCCUUUGGGCCGGUGAGGACGAUUGCGGAGGGGAAGGGGGCUGAGCUGUUCGUGGGGACCACCCGCAACUGUAUCCUCCAGGGCUCCCUGGCCAAUGGGUACAACCCCAUUGUACAGGGUCACACUGACGAGCUGUGGGGUUUGGCUGCUCACCCCAGUACUGGGCUGUUUGCCACGUGCGGCCAUGAUCGUCUGCUUCACCUGUGGGAUUCCAGCUCCCACCAACCUGUGUGGAGUCAGACUCUGGACGAUCCGGCCCAGGCGGUGGGAUUCCAUCCCAGUGGAUCUGUCAUCGCGGUGGGGCUACAGACAGCCAAGUGGCUGGUGCUGGACGUGGAGACGCAGGAGGUGGUGACGUGUCGCAGCGACGGCAAUGAGAAAUUUUCGGUCAUGGCUUACUCCCCCGAUGGGAAUUUCUUGGCGAUCGGUUCCCACGACAACUAUGUGUAUGUUUACGGUGUGUCUGACGGCGGCAGGAAGUACAGUCGGAUCGGGAGGUGCUCAGGCCACUCGAGCUUCGUCACUCACCUGGACUGGUCGCACGACAGUCACUAUUUCGUCACCAACUCGGGCGACUACGAGAUUCUCCACUGGACCCCGAGCUGUAAGCAGGUGACCAGCGCAGACCAGGUGCGCAGUGUGCAAUGGGUCUCCUCCACCUGUGCACUGGGCUUCCAGGUGUUUGGGGUGUGGCCGGAGGGAGCAGACGGCACGGAUAUCAACGCUAUUUGCCGGUCAGCUGAUGACCAGCUGUUAGCCACGGCCGACGAUUUUGGCAAAGUCAACCUGUUCUCGUUCCCCUGCUCCCACCCUCGGGCUCCCAGUCACAGUUAUGGUGGACACAGCAGUCAUGUCACCAACGUGACUUUUCUCCACGGCGAUGCCCAGCUGGUCUCCAUCGGCGGCAAAGACACCAGUGUCAUCCAGUGGGGGGUCGUUUAGGGGCUUUGCCCCCUCCCGCGCUCCCUCCCCCCCCACCACGUCCUCCAACAUGAGGCUGAGAGAGCGCGGGUGGGAGGGGGGAGAUGGGUGAUUCCGUGAUUCCGUCUCCCUUGGUUUAUUUCAGUGGAUGAAAUCCCUCUCUUUUGGGGGGGGG